AUGACCGCGCCAGCAGCACAGCGCAAGGUCUGGGUGCGGCGGCCAGGCGCGUCGGCCACGCUUGUCAGCUUUAGCGAGACCGAUGUUGUCGACGACGUUCGCGAGAUGCUUCUGCGAAAGUACGGCAACUCGCUCGGCCGUGUCUACGACGCUCCCGACGUCACCCUGCGACUCAGUCCCCGUGAGGCCCACCAGGGCGAGCGGACACUCGGCCCAGACGAGCUCAUGACCCGCACCCUCGACGUCUACUACCCCGGCGGCCAGACCAUCGACGAGGCCCUCGUCAUCGAUGUGCCUAUCCGUCGUCCCACCCCCAACGCCUCGCCGCGCGGCGGCCCGCCGCAUGCCUACCACCUGGCCUCUGUCCAUCGUGAACACGCCGCCGCGCACCGCGACCGCGACCUCCGUGGCGGCGACUACUCCUCCCACUCCCCCAUAGCUCCCGACUACUUUGGUCCGGGUGUCGUCCCCGACUACUACAACCACGGCGCGCUGACAGCCGAGUCCGAAUACCCCACUGCCUCGCUGGCGCACGAGUCGACCAUGGCGGGGGUGGGCGCUGGCAGUGGCAGCGGUGGCAGCGGCGGUGCAGGGGCUCGUUCCGCCGGCUCGCAACAUCUUUACCCACCCUCGCCCGGACACCUACAUCCGACACACAAAGGCUCUCUUCUUCGCUCACCGCCUGGCGGUGCCGGUUCUGGCGUCUCGGCGGCAUCGUUACAAGACGGCGGCGGCAGUGGAGGAGCUGGUGGCAGUGGUGGUGGAAGCGGAGGCAGUGCUGGAAACAGUCCGUUGAACCACCCGCAUUCCAUCACCAUCCUUGCCACCGGCCAGGCGCCUACGAUCCCCAGCCUGCCGUCCCCAGGCGGUUCCUCACGGCGGUCGCAUAAGGAGCGGCCCAAGAUUCACCGGCAAUUUUCGUCCGUGCCCGACGACGGCUCGGGGAUCGGCCGCGAAGGCUCUUCGCCCCAGACCAACGGCGCCAGCAACAGCGGCGUGUCGGCACAGAAGGGGUUGACCGCCAGUGGCCUGAAAAUUCCCAUUGCGGCUCCGUUGCCGGGGAAAAGCGGCAGUGGCCGGGGCAGCAUUGCCGAUAGUUUGCACCAAAAAGCCAAGGGCGGCGCUGGCGAUGGUGGUGCCGGUGGCAGCAGUAGCGGUGGUGGCAGUGCCGAGAAGGAUGGCGGCGGCGGCGGCGGUGGUGGUGGUAAGAACGGCGUCUUACUUAAUGGCUCGGUCAACGGUGGCAGCAAUAAUGCCGGCGCAGCUCGGGCGGUCGCCUCGCCCCCACGGCCCAUGUCGCCCAUGCGCGGCAAACGGGCCAAGAAAUCGGCGCGCCCCCUCAACAAUGGCAAUAGCAUUGUCAAUGACAGCAACAAGACUGCGAACGACGACAGCCAGAACACGGUCCAGCUCGGUCCGCUGACCGUGCCGCCCAUCAAUGUCCUGAUUGUCGAGGACAACAUUAUCAACCUCAAGCUGCUCGAGGCCUUUGUCAAGCGCCUCAAGGUGCGCUGGCAGACAGCCAUGAACGGCCGCGACGCCGUUGCCAAGUGGCGUACCGGCGGCUUCCAUUUGGUGCUCAUGGACAUCCAGCUGCCGCUCAUGUCCGGACUCGACGCAACGCGCGAGAUCCGGCGCCUCGAACGUGUCAACUCCAUUGGCGUCUUUGCGUCGACACCGAGCGACUCGAUCGGUGUCGGCCGCGACCCGCAGUCCGACAAGCUGGCCAACUUGGCGCUCUUCAAGAGCCCGGUCAUUAUCGUGGCCCUUACGGCGAGCUCACUGCAGAGCGACCGGAACGACGCCUUGGCCGCUGGUUGCAACGAUUUUUUAACAAAGCCCGUCAACUUCGUCUGGCUGGAGAAAAAGAUUAUGGAAUGGGGCUGCAUGCAGGCUCUAAUCGACUUUGACGGCUGGCGCAAGUGGAAAGAACAGAAGCUGCCUACACAAGGGUCUUCACAACCCGCUCAUUCUGUUGGCAACCACAACGGCGGCAGCGGCAGCGGCGGUGGCAGUGGCGCUAGUAAUGGGAAUGGACGCGACAACACCGCGUCCUCCGACGCGACACCCUCCAAGAAAUCCAAGCGGUUCUCGGGCCACGUCAAGCGCCCGUCCAUGUCCUCGCUUACCAAGGGCGAAAGCUCCGAGACGACCAACACCGUCUCCUCGGCCGAGUCGCCCGGUCCAGGACACACGCGCACCAACAGCGGCAGCGUGGCCGCCGGGUCGGCAGGACGGUCGCCGCUGUCCAAGCCGUCCAUCUCUGAGCGGCUGGCAGCAGCGUCGGCGGCUGUCGAGAUGGACAAUGCUGCCAGGGAGCAGGACGCGUCCGAGGAGAAAGAAAAGGAGAAGAAGUAA